AUGUGUCUGAAGACUCGGAGUCGGCCCUCCCUCAGGAGAAAGUGACCCGCUCUUCUUCUUCUACAGAAAUGUCUGCUGAACACUUCGCUGAGCGCUGCGGGGCAGAUCCGGAGACGGGUCCCUGCAGAGCGGCAUUUCAGAACUGGUUCUACAGCCGAGAGACGGGAAGCUGCCAAACCUUCAUCUACGGAGGCUGCCAGGGCAACAAGAACAACUACGAGACCAAGCAGCACUGCAUGGACACCUGCACAGUCAGAGUGCUGCCAUCCUCAAGGAAAGCCCCGCCCCCUGCAGCUGAUAAAGACUCAGAGGCCUGUACGGUGACCUCUGACCCCGGGCCCUGCCGCGCGGCCUUCCCCAUGUUUUACUACGACCUGAACACCGCCAGCUGCCAGCCCUUCCUCUAUGGGGGGUGCCGAGGAAACAGGAACCGCUACAGCAGCCUGGAGGACUGCAUGACCCGCUGCCAGAACACAGGUUCCUUUGACACUCGUGGGAAAGCUCGUGACCGCUGGACUGCAGCCGUCUUCCUCUUCGUCACGCUGGCAGUCGUCUCCACUCUGCUGCUGACGACCCUCGUCAUCAUCACUCUGAGACGCCACCGUCUGGCCCGCCGCCUGUCCUCCUUCAGUGAUAAGGAGGAGCUGCUCCCAGACGAACAAUUUUCUGUGGAGUCCCUGAACGUCUCAGAGAACCCCAAACCAGACCAGGCCUGAGGAGAUCUGAUCAUAUUAAUCUGGAAUAACUCUAAUAUAUAACUAUAAUCUGGAUUGUCUCUAAUAUAUAACUGUAAUUUGGAUUACCUUUAUGAUAUGACUGUUAUCGGGAUUAUCUUUAAAUAUAAACUAAUCAGGAUCAUUUUGAUAAUAAUAUUAGUUUAGUUUGGCUGCUAUCAUUGAUUUAUUAAUACAUAAGAAAACUAAAUUGAUAAUAAAACAAUUAUUUGUAGAACAAUACGUAAUCAUUUGACGCUGCAGUUUACCAUUUGAUUGAGGAACUGUUAUGUUAGUAAUUUCUCGUUUAGUUUAAAACAUAUUAAAAUGAGCGGAUUUGUACCGAUAUGAGUUUAUAUUUUAAAAGUUAUUUAUGUUGCCAUUUCAAAGUGGUGAAUACGAUGACUUCUGAUUAUCGUUCAGCGCUAAUCUGUCGUUUAAUACAAAAAUAUUUUCUAUAAAGUCUGGUUUUUAAAUCGUUGUAAACUGUAUAACCUUUAUACCUGCGUCGUGCCUCAAGAUGAUUUACACUUUAAUAGUUUAUGAAGUUAAUGUGAAAACACGUUUUAAUGAAUGACCGUGCUGCAGGGAGAGGAAAUCAACCAAUCACAGCCCUACAUGGAGCCUACUUCCCACAAUGCGUCAGGACUCUGAUUACCUGGGGCCUACGUUUCCCAUAAUGCAACAGAGCUUUGAUUCCCUGGAGAACACGUUUCCCAUAAUGCAACAGAGCUGUGUUUAUUGAUGGAUUAGUACUUUUGAUUAGUUAGUAAUUGAUAAAGGAUCCUCCAACACUAUUAUUUGGAUAGUUUCAUAUCGAACCAAAAUGAAUUAACUGAUAUUCUGUCAUGCUGUGUUUUAAUUAAAAGAGCUCCAGAAUAAGUUUAUUUUUGUCUGUGAUUAAAGUUUCUGUUUUUACAUA